AUGCCCACCGUCGCCUCGAGCGCGUCCGCGUCCCUCUCGGCCCUAACGCAGUCCCUGUCCCCGAACACGAACCCGAGCUCGGUAUCGACGAAUCACUCGUCCCACGAGCUUCCGUACUCGCCCUCUUUCCCGCCCAGAGAAUCCGAUCUGGAUUUUUGUAAUGCGUUUUGGUCGUCGGGCGUGAGGAAGAGGACGACGAACGGGAUCAACGACGAGGCGGAGGAGUGGGGUAGGGAAGGCGUAGAGCUCGUUUGGGGACGCAUCAAGGCGGGAACGAAAUCGUUGGAAGAUAUGAGGGCCUGGUUGAGAGAACGGUGAGGCUGCGUGUUCGGGCACUGGGGGGGGGAGAACGGGAUAGGAGCGGGGGGCGCAGAGUAGCUGAUGGAUGCACUUUGUGGCGAGUGGCUGAACAACAGGUCCACGAUCGAGGACGAAUACGCCAAGAGGAUCUUCAAGUUGGCUAAACAUCCUUUUGGAACGGCUGAAACGGCGUACGUCGCCUACCGUUGCUCCGAGUGAAACAGUCCCCCCCUGGAGAGCUCCCUCGAACUGACUCGAGACUCUGGCGGCGCGCCGUAUACCCCAGCCAUCUCGAACGAGCGAUCCGACAGGCCAAGUCCGAACUCGAGGUACAGUCCAAAGCACAUCAGGACUUUGCCGCUUUCCUCAGACAGCAGGAUGCCCAGAUCGCCGAUUUCGUCGCCAAGAGGGAGAGUGCGAGGAAGAAUGUGAGCUCGGGAUGGCGUGCAUCCGAUCAAAGCGAGCCGUUGAGCAGGUCGGACUGACUCUGGUGCUGUCGAGCUCAGGCGCAAGCGACGACGGAGAAGACGUGGAAAGCGCUGGCGAAUCAGCGCAACCAUGUGCUCAAGGUGAGUGGGUCUGGAGGCGUAAGAUGUGAAAGCUGCUGAUGUGCUGCCCGUGCAUACGUCCCGCAGGCCAAAGCCAAGUACGAAGAGGACGCCAUGAGCAUCAACGCCCUCCACGCCCAAGCGUCGUUGUUGCAAGGUCGUGGACUGGACAAGGUGCGUCGACGCGCCGAUUCUACGUAUACAUAGUCGGAGCCAAGUGUCCUAAUCUGCGUCUGACUCACAGGCUCAGACCAAGCUCGACAAGGCACAGCAGACCGUGCAGGUCAACGAGCGCGAUUAUCGCAACUAUGUCGGCGUGCUCAAGGAUACGACCCGCGUGUGGAACGAGGCGUGGAAGAACUAUUGUGACGUGAGUUUGUGGAACUUGGGGGGUUUUGUUCGCGCAAGCCGUGCGUGCUGAUCUAGCCCUCUCGUGUCCUCAUCAGAUCGCGCAAGACCAAGAAGAGGAACGCGUCGAUUUCGUAAAGUGCCGCGUAUGGGACUGGGCCAACGGUAUCUCGGUCGUAGCGAUGGCUGAGGAUGAUGGUGCCGAGCGCCUGAGGACUGCGCUCGAGCAGUGCGAUGCGACGACCGACAUCAAGAUCUUUGUGCAGCAGUCGGCGACGGGCAGGAGUAUUCCGGGUCAGUCGUCAUACGUGGACGGAAGCAGGCAUGGCUCAGAACGUGCAGCUGAUCCCCAUCGCAUUGUUUCCUCUCCUCGAUCGAACAGACCCGCUCCCUUUCGUCGAUUUUUCGCAAAAGCACACCGCCAGCAAACAGACCUACAAGAUCGCCAACUUCAAGCGAUCGUCGACGCGCAUCCCCGGGGUUCAGCAAACUCCGCUUGCCGUCACCGAUAUUGGACGAGCGUUCCAAAACGCACCCGAGGCGAUUCGUAAUCCUCAGUCGGUUGCUCGGCCGGAGCUCGCACCGAUCGCGACGACGACUGCUCGAGAGCAGUUCAACGCUGCACCCCUUUCGACAUCGCCGAUGUCGCUUUCGAUGCCUGACCCAGAUGCGGUCCCGUCGCGAGGAAGUGGGGAUGCCGCACUGAGCAGUGAGCCAAGUCGUUUCGCUGUCUCUCCUUCGGCGAACCUCAAGAGCAAUGCCGAGCGACCUAUUUCGGGAUCUUCGGCGAAGGCAGGCCAUGCACCUGCUUCGGCGUUCCAGAGAUCGCCUUCGCAUACGACUGAAUCCGCCAUGUCUGCUGCUCGAUACGAAGGACCAGGUCAAGCGAUGUCGACUUCGGCGACAAAGGAGAACCUGGCGCCGAGUGGGCCGUCGGCGUAUACGAGAUCGACAUCGCAGGCCCAAGCCCUCUCUUCCCAAACGCAUCAGAGGACACCUUCCAAGCCGACAGGUCCCGGACCUUUGGACGAUUACGAGACGGAUCCGAUUCUGAAGGCGUUGGAGAAGUUGCAUACGAGCCAGAGCCACGCGCAGCAAUUGACGUCUCCUCGGUCGAGUGCAGAUCUUCGAGGCAGACAGCCGCAGUCGCAAUCGAGUUUGGGACAGCCUUCCAAUGGAGCACCUUCGGCGUCAUCGAGCGCGAGACCAAGAUCACCUAGUGCGAUGAUGAUGCAGCCUCCUCCCGGGUCUCAACCUCGUCCUACGUCGAGACAGAGCUCGCAUCACCCUUCGGCAACGUCAGCGAGACCUCGAUCCCCGAGUGCAACGAUGAUGCAACCGCCCCCUUCGUCGUCGACUGGUCAUCCAUCGCGACCUUCAUCGAGGCAGAGUAUGAACGAACGGUUGGCGCAGCCUCAGUCGGUUGGACCGCCUCCUGCAGCUGCGACGGGCCAGAACAAUGCCGGUGUUGGAGCGAGAGGGAGAUCGCCUAGUCCGCAGCCUUUCCAUCCGAAUGCGUUGCGACCUCAUUCACCUUCGCCGAACCCUCAACGAUCGAGCUCGCCUCAACCUGGUCCGCAGAAUGGAUACGUUUAUAAUUCUCAGUCACAGCAGCCACAGCAGCAGCAGCAGCAGCAGCCUCAACAUCGUGGAUAUGCGGCCCACCCUCCGAACCCGCCUUCGAUGGUUCCCGCAUCGUACUCGCACCACUUUGGCUCGCAAUCGAACUUCGGUCAAGCGGGGUCGUACGCGAACACACCUUCCACGGCGUCAAGUCACCAUCGCGUUCCAUCAGGUGCUCCUCCCUCGUCCGUCGGCAGCUUCGGACCACCUCAAGCCCAGCCAAUGUAUGCCGCUCGAGCACCGAGUCCAGGUCCGCAGGCGUUCUCCCCUGUCGCUGGCGCGAUCUCGCCUCCGCCUUCGUUGCAGGGUGCCUAUAUGCCUCAAUUCCAGCCCCCUCCACCUGUCUCCGCGUCGCACUACAACUCCGUACCCCAAGGCUACCCUGCCAGUUAUCGAUCCUCCCCCUCAGUUGUGUCGAUCGCUUCCCCCUACUCGACCGUCUCCCCCGCGCCUUCCCAACAUUUCCAGCCCCCACCUUCGGUUGUAGCUUCACCUUCGAGCUACGCGCCGUCGCCGGCGUUCUCGUCCGUUUCGUCGAACAGUCCUGCGCAGGGGAGUGUGGAUCGCAAGGCGAGUACGUAUUCGGGCGUUUCGUCCGUUUCGCACGCGUCGAUGUACGCGCCUCAACAACAGGGGUUCCAGCAGCAGGGCACGUACCAACAACAUCCUCAACAUCCACAACAAGCGAUGUCGACCGUCUCGGCAGCCGGUGGGAGACCGCUUUCGACGGGUCAGGUCACGGCGGAUGGGCAGCCGAUCGAGUUUUACGUCAAUGCGUUGCAUGAUUAUACGGCGACGAUGGCGGAGGAGUUUACUUUCAGGGCCGGGGACGUGAUUGCUGUCACCAAGACGGAGGUGAGUUGACGAGUCGUCGAAUUUGCGAGGGGGAGUGGAUUGCUGAUCCUCGUUUCUAUCGGUGUUGAAUUUAGCCUGAUGGUUGGUGGCAUGGCGUGCGGAUGGGUGGGGAGGGGCAGGGCUUGUUCCCUUCGAAUUUCGUCGAGAUGAGAACUUGA